AUGUCAGCAGAAGGUCUUAAAAAGUAUUCUCUAGUACAGCUUUCAUUUGCAGCAACAACUCCAGAGUUGGCUGAUAAGAAAAAAUAUCCUUAUUUCUUCCGGACAGUGCCAUCUGAUAAUGCAGUGAAUCCAGCAAUUUUGAAGUUACUCAAAUAUUUCCAGUGGAAGAGAGUAGGAACUUUAACCCAGGAUGUACAAAGGUUCUCUGAGGUGAGGAAUGAUCUGACUGGCGUCCUUUAUGGUGAAGAUGUCGAGAUUUCAGAUACUGAGAGUUUUUCUAAUGAUCCCUGCACUGGUGUAAAGAAGCUUAAGGGUAAUGAUGUUCGGAUAAUCCUUGGCCAGUUUGAUGAGGAAAUGGCUGUGAAAGUUUUCUGCUGUGCUUAUGAUGAAGAAAUGUAUGGCAGCAAAUAUCAGUGGAUUAUUCCAGGGUGGUAUGAAAACCGUUGGUGGGAAUCCUGGAUUAAUUCAUCACAGUGCCUCAGCAAAAAUCUUCUUGCAGCCAUGGAAGGUUAUAUUGGAGUGGAUUUUGAGCCUCUCAGCUCAAAAACAAUGAAGACUAUAUCAGGAAGGACUCCACAGCAGUAUGAAAAGGAAUACAAUGCUAAGCGUGGUGAUGGGCAAUCCAGCAAAUUUCAUGGUUAUGCCUAUGAUGGAAUAUGGGUGAUUGCCAAGACCCUGCAACGGGCAAUGAAGUAUCUGAAUGCCACCAACAAGCACCAAAAAAUUGAAGAUUUUAACUACACAAACCACAAACUUGGCAAAAUUUUUCUGGAUGCUAUGAAUGAAACCAACUUCUUUGGAGUAACGGGUCAAGUUGUUUUCAGAAAUGGAGAGAGGAUGGGAACCAUCAAAUUUACACAAUUUCAAGAACGAAAGGAAGUAAAGGUGGGAGAAUAUAAUGCUGUGGCUGACACACUGGAAAUCAACAACAGCAUCAGGUUCCAAGGUCUUGAGCCUCCCAAGGACAGAACAAUUAUACAGGAGGAGCUGCGCAAAAUCUCCCUGCCUCUCUAUAGCAUCCUCUCUGUCCUCACCAUCCUAGGAAUGAUAAUGGCCAGUGCUUUCUUGUUCUUUAACAUCAAAAACAGAAAUCAGAAACUAAUAAAGAUGUCCAGUCCCUACAUGAACAACCUUAUUAUCCUUGGAGGGAUGCUUUCUUAUGCAUCUAUUUUUCUUUUUGGUCUUGAUGGAUCCUUUGUCUCUGAGAAGACAUUUGAGACACUUUGCACA